GAAUCUCUCUUUCCUCUUCCACCAUAUAAACAGUGAAAAGCCAUCAAGUGCUCUCUCCCUCUAUCUCUCUCCUAUUUUUAAUUUCUCUUCCUGUAACCCCUAGAACCAGAAAACAAUGAAUCCAAAUCUCCUUGAGAAAGAUCUAAGUGGUAAGGAAACUACAAAUGGGUCAAGAAGAUACGAAGAAGCAAACAACUUCGGAUCUCUACCAAACUCACACACUGCUGCUUGUAAAACGUCACUCAACAACCUCUCUAUCUCUAGAAACCUUUCUCAUAACAAAUCAGCCUCAGUCUUGCAGUCGGAAGAUGAACAUGGGAAAGAGAGUGGUGAAAACGAAAAGAGUUUAGGAAUGAGGGGUAAAAGUGGAAUUAACACAAAAGUAUGCUCACGAGGACACUGGAGACCAACAGAAGAUGCUAAACUCAAGGAGCUUGUUGCCCAGUUUGGUCCCCAAAACUGGAACUUGAUUGCUCACCACCUUCUUGGUAGAUCAGGCAAGAGUUGUAGAUUGAGAUGGUUUAACCAACUAGACCCAAGGAUUAACAAGAGAGCCUUCACGGAGGAAGAAGAGCUUAGGCUUUUAGCAGCUCACCGAGCCUAUGGCAACAAGUGGGCUUUGAUCUCUCGUCUCUUCCCCGGACGUACCGAUAACGCCGUCAAGAACCACUGGCACGUCAUCAUGGCUCGACGGACUAGAGAAAGCCAACGACAACGUCAACAGCCUCCUCCGGCGCUGUCAAGAGACGCUGAAAUGACGGUUUCGUCCUCUUGCCGCUACAAUCAAGGUAAGUUCAUCAAUGGAGAAGAUGAUGAAGAUGACGAUGACGAUGGCUCAGCUGUCUCGACUUGUACGACGGAGCUCUCUCUCACUCCGCCUUCUUCAGCUUACCAGCCUCGCUUCUUUAAUUACGAUAAUACCCUUGCAUCAGGCAAAGAUGGUCAGUGUGUGCAGAGAGCAGAAGUAAAUGGCAUAUAUGGUAAAAAGAUGGACCAUCAAAAUCACCACACAAUCUCAGUCAGUGAAAGAAAGGUGGAGCUGAAGAUGAAGAAUGGCUAUUACUUCUUUGAUUUUCUUGGAGUUGGAGCUUCUUGAUUAAUUAGUUGCAGAACUAGGGUUCAAUGUUGAGGGAAUUGUGAGAUAAAAAAUGGCUUUAGUUUCUUCUAUUCUCCUUGUUAAUUUUAGGCAUGUUUGUUUAACAUCUUAAUUUGGGCUUUGGAAGAAGUUGGCUGGGGUAUAAGGGAAAACUGGAAAAAAAAAAUCAAGAAGUUAGUAAUUAAGAAAUAAAAUAAAAAGUUGAAUAUAAUUAUCCUCUUUCCAGUAGAACUAAGAUAAGUUUCCAUAAAA